CCGCUGCGGCAGCCUCGGGGCAAACAGCGAGAGGAGAAAAAAAGCUGCUUUGACGUCAGCCACGUUAGAUUUCAGUAGUCCAAGAUGGCGGAGGUGAGCGGGUUGAGGAGCAGAAAUCACUUCGAGCCCAACUGCAAAAACCGAGUGGUUGACGAAGGCUUAAGUGGCGUGGAAGAUGUCCCCAUUUAUCGGCAUAAGAAGAGGCCCCCUUUAGCCACCACUGAAGACCUGGAGGAUGAACUGCUUCCCAGGACCACAGCCUCAAACAAAAAUGUUAACCUCAACCCCUCACCAGAUGAAGAGAUUCAGGAAGAAGAGGCUGAAGUAGAGGAAGAAAAGGCCAGGCCUAUCCAGAUUGUGCUGGCCAACGAGGAUGAGCACAGCUUUGAGCUGGACGCUGCGGCGCUGGAGAAGAUCCUGCUGCAGGAUCACGUGAAGGACCUGAAUGUGGUGGUUGUGUCUGUGGCCGGGGCCUUUCGCAAGGGCAAGUCCUUCCUGCUGGACUUCAUGCUACGCUACAUGCACAGUCAGGGUGAGUCGUGGAUGGGAGGUGAUGAUGAGCCCCUGACAGGGUUCACCUGGAGAGGAGGCUGCGAGAGAGAGACCACGGGAAUUCAGAUCUGGAGCGAAGUGUUUGUGGUCGACAAGCCCGAUGGCAGCAAGGUUGCUGUGCUCCUCGUUGACACUCAGGGAGCAUUUGACAGCCAGUCCACCAUAAAGGACUGUGCUACUGUGUUCGCCCUCAGCACAAUGACCAGCUCUGUACAGGUGUACAAUCUCUCCCAGAACAUACAGGAGGACGACCUGCAGCAUCUGCAGCUCUUCACAGAAUAUGGCCGACUGGCAAUGGAAGAGAUCUACCUGAAGCCUUUCCAGUCCCUGAUGUUCCUGAUUCGAGAUUGGUGCUAUCCUUAUGAACACGACUACGGAUUGAAAGGGGGCAACAACUUCCUUGAGAGAAGACUACAGGUGAAACAGAACCAACAUGAAGAGUUGCAGAAUGUGAGGAAGCACAUCCACUCCUGCUUCUCCAACAUUGGCUGCUUCCUGCUGCCACAUCCAGGCCUCAAGGUGGCCACCAACCCGUACUUUGACGGCAGGCUGAGAGACAUCGAUGGGGAUUUUAAAAAGGCGCUGGCCGAGCUGGUUCCUCUCCUCCUGGCCCCCGAUCGACUGGUAGAGAAGGAGAUCGGAGGCAACAAAGUCACCUGCAGAGAUCUCCUGGAGUACUUCAAGGCUUACAUAAAGAUCUACCAAGGUGAGGAACUGCCUCACCCAAAGUCCAUGCUGCAGGCGACAGCAGAAGCCAACAACCUGACUGCUGUGGCAGGAGCCAAAGACAUGUACAGCAAGAACAUGGAGCUGGUGUGUGGCGGGGACAAGCCAUACAUCGCCCCGACUGACCUGGAGCGCUGCCACGAGGAGUUUCGCGAGCACUCAGUGCGUUUCUUCCGGUCUGUGAAGAAAAUGGGCGGCGAUGAGUUCUGCCAGCGCUACCAGAACCAGCUGGAGUCGGAGCUGGACGAGGCCUACAACAACUUCUCAAAGCACAACGACGGCAAAAACAUCUUCUACACAGCGCGCACACCCGCCACGCUUUUUGCAGUCAUGUUUGUCACCUACGUGGUGUCUGGGGUGACGGGCUUCAUUGGUCUGAGCACCUUAGCAGUGCUGGCUAACUUGGUCAUGGGCGUGGCGCUGCUAUCGCUGUGCGCCUGGGCGUAUGUGAAGUAUUCUGGAGAGUUUCGGGAGGUGGGAACGAUGAUAGACCUGGUGGCAGAGACACUCUGGGAACAGGUUUUGAAGCCAUUAAGUGAACAUUAUAUGGAAGACAACGUCAGACAGACGGUGGUUAACUCAAUCAAAGCCAGCUUGACAGAACAGGGCUCGCAGCACACCAAGUUAAAGACUCACUGACGCUCUUCCUUCUCAUCUCCUCCCCCCGUCGUC